CUUUCCACAAGAGAAGGGUGCCAGGUCUUCAGGUUACCCUCAUUUGCUCACCCAAAAGCACCAAAAGAAAACAGAAACCAUGGGGAGAGACCAAGGUAACCAGGCUAAGGAUGCAAAUGCCGAUGAAAACAAGAUCCAUCUUAAAAGGACAAUGGGCUAUUUAGAAGGGGUUAGCUUCAUAGUAGGCACAAUUAUAGGUGCAGGAAUUUUUGUCUCCCCAACUGGAGUACUCAAAUAUUCCUUGCUCAAUGUUGGUGUGUCUUUAAUAAUCUGGACUCUUUCUGGCAUCAUCUCGCUGAUGGGUGCUCUCUGUUACGCAGAGCUCAUCAUAGCACUGCCGUUUUCUGGAGGGGAAUACAGCUACAUAAAAAGAGCCCUGGGGUCUCCGGUGGCUUUUAUCUUUUUAUGGACCGCCAUGUUUAAUAGACCAGCCUCAAAUGCCGCUCGAGCCUUGCUGUUUGCCGAAUAUGCCAUUCAACCUUUUUAUGGAGCGUGCCCAGCUCCUGAGAUGGCAAAGAAAUGUUUGGCUUUGGCUGUUCUCUUGUUCCUUGGGAUUCUCAAUGGGCGAAGUAUCAAGAUGGCUGCCUGGGUGCAGAUCGUUUUCACCUUUCUCAAAAUGAUGGCUCUCUCCAUUAUUGCAAUCAGUGGAAUAGUCCUGUUGAUCAGAGGAAAGACAAAGAACACAGCCAGAUUCGAAAAUGCUUUCAGUGGUGAGAUUCCAGAUGCUGUGCAGAUCUCAGAAGCAUUUUUCCAAGGGUUGUAUGCAUACGGUGGCUGGUGGUCCCUCAGCUACUUAGCAGUUUCAGUUGUUGUAGCAGUGAUGUGGGCUGAGAGAGUGAUCCCUUCAUUUGCUUGGAUAAUUCCUGCAUCUGUGGCUAUUUCUAUAUUUGGUGCCCUCAACGGCAGCGUAUUCACUCUUGGACGGUUGAGCUACGCUGCGAGUCAGACUGGACAGUUGCCCAUUAUAGUAUCCAUGCUUAAUAUCCACCAUUCUACUCCAGCACCAGCCAUGAUUUUGUCCACCGUUAUUGCAACUGCUUUCCUCAUUUCAUCUGAUCUAAUUGCAUUAAUGAAUUAUUUUGGAUUCUCCAUUUGGCUUAUGACUGGACUAACAUGCGCUAGCGUCAUUGUCCUCCGAUAUCGAGAGCCUGAUCUACUCAGACCAUACAAGGUUUGUUUACCAGUUGCCUUUGGAAUGGUGGCCAUUUCCUUGUUCUUAGUUUUGGUUCCUAUAAUUUGGUCCCCGAAAGUGCAGUAUUUAUAUGCUUUCCUUUUCAUGGUUGGUGGGAUUUUUUUAUACCUACCCUUUAUACAUUUUCAAAUACAUUUUGAGUGGCUUGAUAAAAUGACUUGCUAUCUGCAGCUGCUGCUCCAGGUUUCUCCUGCUAAUUAUAAAUCUGAGUAAUGCCAACAUUUUAAACUGUGCAGUAGGAAUAAUACGUUCCUUGUGCAGCACAGCGACAGCUUCUGAUAUCUCCCUUCUUGCUAUAUAUAUAUAUGUAUAUGCAUGUUUCUGAAAUAUAUGUAGUUUUGUACAUAUACACAAGUGGCUUUUCAUGAAAAGAUUUUGACUGAAUAAACCCUGCAGCUCAGUGUUUUCAACCUUGGCAGUAUUAAGAUGUGUGAACUUCAACUUCCAAGCUGCUGGCUGGGGAAUUCUGGGAGUUGAAGUUUGCACAUUUUAAAGUUACCAAGGUUGAAAAAUAUUGCUGUAGCUUUUUCCAAAUCAUCUGAAAAACCUUCUUGGAGUCUAGGAGACUCAGGGGGAUAUAGUGGAAGAAAUUUAAAAUAAAAAUAAGACUUUAAAAAAACCCAAAAGAAUUUAACAUUGAUUAUAUUUGCCAAGUAAAAAAUGAAAAUACCUUUAACAUAAUUAAGGAGAAAAAUCCUUAAAACCCCGAACAACUUUUAACAAAUCCUUUGUUAAAUAACAAUUUUGUUAUCCUUUAUUAAAAGUUGGCAUCAUCAUU